CAAGCGUCGCUAUAUUCAUGCGUCAGGUUGUCUGCUGCAACGAAAAGUUGCAGUUAUUGUUUUGUUUGACAAACAGCAAUGGGAUAAUGUGUCUGAAUUCUUACAUUUUUGUUACUUAUUUAAACAUUCAAUGGUUUCUUUAUUUUUUGGCUCGUGUGUUUGGGAGCUAGCUAGUUGUCGUAGGAGCCGUCAAACAGCAUGAUGCUAUUCAUAAUAAUUCGUACCAGUAGUAAAAUUAGCAGUGUUCAGCUUUAGGUUUGAAUCAUUCUGGGGCAAUUCUUAUCCUGUUUGUGCCGAUUGACACCAUGGCGUCUGACAAACAGCACUGCUCGUGCUGCUCCCAUCAGGUCUCCUCUCCUAGUGUUUACCAGACGCUGAGUGAAAUGGAUUUUGAACGAGGUAUCUGGUCUGCUGCGGUGGAUGGGAACUUGGAGAGGGUUAAGUCCUUGGUCCAGAAGGGCACAGACCCUAACCUGAGAGACUCAUCUGGAUACACAGCUCUGCAUUAUGCAAGUCGCAGUGGUCAUCUUGCUGUGUGCAAGUUUCUUCUUGAGAACGGUGCCUGUGCAUCUCCCCAGACACCAGGCGGUGCCACACCACUGCAUCGGUCAGCUUACUGUGGUCACCUGGAUGUGGUUAGACUCCUUGUACACCACAGGGCAGAUCCCAUACUCUGUGAUGACGAUGGUGCAUCCCCUUUACAUAAGGCUGCAGAACGGGGUCAUGAAGAGGUGUGUCAGCUGCUUCUUGAGCAGUGUCCAGCACUCUGCAGCCAGAUGAACAAGAGGCUGCAGCUACCGUACCAGCUGGCACAGCAGGGAGAUCUGCAGGAGCUCUUAAAACCACCUGGGUGACUACAGACACACUGCAUCUGGAGCAUGCUGAGUUGCUAAGAUCAGACAAAUGACAACAUGACCUCAAAACAUAUGAGGUGAGGUCCACUUACGUCAGGAUCGUGUCGACCUGGAUUCACUACCCUUGGCUACUUUUUCCUCAACUGAACAUCAGCCAAAAAAGCGACUGAGUGGUCAACACGACAUUACAUUUUCUAGCUUUAAACAAUAAACAUCAUCCUGUUUUUGA